UGCUGUCAGCCAGGUUAUUCAGGAAUUUAAGGCCAAUGAAGUUUGCUAGAACUUUCUGCUUUGUCUCCAAAUAUUCAGAAGACUCUAUUCCAGGCGCUAUUAAGCAAGCAAGAAGAGAAAAUGAAUGGAUUGAUGUAGCCAGGUUCCAUUCUCAGAACCAGAACUGGACUAUUAAGGAGCUAGAUCAAUACAGUGCAGCUUUUGCAUAUGGUCUUGUUGAGAGAGGAUACACUCCUGGAGACAAGCUCCUCUUAUGGGUUGAUGAAGAAAGUGCAGCCGAAGUUGCAGUAGCUCAUAUUGGAGCUAUCAAAGCAGGAGUUUCAGUAGUUUCAGUCAACUCUAAUGAUGAAAUUCAUCAUAUUAGAGAUACUUUAUAUCAAUCAGGAGCUCAUGGAAUUCUAUUCUCUCCACAUACUAGUGUCGAUGCAAGGACUCAGAGAGCCAAUUUGCUAUUAGAUUUAAUGCCUGAGCUUAUUGAUCAUGUUCCAGGACAGACAUUAAAGGUUGGCGAUUUCCCAGAGUUGAGGCAUGUGAUCCACACUGGACACUCAACCAUCAGAGGAACUUCUAAAUUUAAGGAGACUCUUUUGUAUGCUAAGUCUGAGCAAACAAAUCUCAAACUCCCUGGAACAACCGGAGAUGUUAGUGCUGUUGAAUAUUACAAAGAAGGAGAAUACAUUGCUGAUAUUACUAAUAAUGAAUUUUUAGGAAAAUCUCAAGAGAUAUGGAAAAGUCAUUUAAGUCAUGGAAAUAAGAGUUUGCCUGUCUUCUUGACAUUAUCUCUUCAAAGUCCUUUAGGAUUCGCUACCUUCCUCUCUAGUGUUACAAACGGAAGGAAAGUGUUUGUGCCGUCCACUUACAAUGUUGCUAAAAUUAUAAAAUCGUUCGGAUACCAAAGAAGUGAUACCCUUGUAUGUGAUGAAGCUCUGUACAACUUUAAGACCCCUGGACACAAAGCAGAAGAGGUUGAGGAGAACAAGUCACAUUUUGAGAAGAUCCUUGUUCCUUCUGAUAGUACUGGGUUUGAAUUUAACGUGUAUAAUGAAUUCUAA